GAGCGGAGCGCAUGUGUCCCGUCGCCCGGUCCCGGAUCGUAUCUUACGUCCGAUCACGUGAUUAUCAUAAAUAGAAAAUAAUUAAUACGGGACUACACGCGUGUUGAGUGCUAUGAACUGGAUCUGACUGUGCCUGUGCUGUAGUGUGGACGUAAUAUGUUGAACUAAUCGCCUGUUUUAUGUGACUGAUUGAUUACAAUUUACAAUAUAUUUACUUUUUAUUUAAGUUGAUGGACCUUAGAAAACUGCCGUUAUUUCUACGAGCUUAAAAGGACAUGAAAGCUGUGUGAAGUUUAUGAUAUUGCGUUGCGGAAUGUUAUAACAUCGAAUAACUGGCCACAUCUUAGAUCACUGGUGGCGUAUACAUGAGAUGGUAUGGGUUCACAAAGCGUAGCAAAAUGGCGCUUGUGGUUUGUGGUGGCAGCAUGGUGGUGUGGCGCGGCGGCGCGCACGCUGUGCCCAGCCCGCUGUUCAUGCGACGACGCCCUUCGCGCCGCCUCCUGUGCCAACGCCAGCCUCGAAAUUGUGCCCAUCCAGCUAAAUCCGGAAGCUACUCACAUCAACCUUACACAGAAUUCAAUCAGCAAUCUUCUUUACACUUUCCCAUUUUACACGCAAUUGACAGUUCUCGACAUCUCUCACAACAAGAUUCAAGAUUUAGGUAGUAAGAAUUUUGAAAAUAACAUUGAAAUGACUCACCUUAAUUUAAGUCAUAAUUUCUUGAAAAAAUUGGAUAUCGGUACAUUCGUUGGACUAAAGAGACUCGUUGAUUUAGAUUUAUCUAACAAUCAGAUAACUGACAUUCACGUGCAGAGCUUUAAAGACUUAGCAGUUUUAGAAAGGCUCGAUUUAUCAAGCAAUAAAUUAGUGAGCUUUGAAGUAGAAACGUUCGAGCCUUUAUCAUCUCUGAAAAUAUUGUCACUGAAAAAUAAUUCUAUUCUGGAUAUACCGUCUUCUAAUCUUAUAUAUCUAAUUCAUCUGGAAUUUUUGGAUCUAUCUGAGAAUUUGAUUCAACAAGUUUCGAAACAAGGCGUUCCAUACUUAAAAGAACUCAAACAUAUAGAUCUUAAUAAUAAUAUCAUUGAGAGUAUUGAUCAACUUGGAUUUCAAAACCUGCCUUCGCUGCGCCAUUUAGAUCUCAGUGACAAUAACAUGACUUCAAUUCCCACCUCUGCUCUUUCGAAACUAUCAAACUUAUCUCAUUUAUACUUAAGUGGAAACUUUUUUCAAAACGUAACGGCACUGUCUUUCCAAAGUUUAUUCCAUUUAAGACAUUUGCAUUUGAGUCGACUUUUCGAACUUGAAAAGAUUGAUUCUAGAGCUUUCGUUGACAAUAUCAAUUUGCAAAAGAUUUGGAUGAAUGAAAACAUUAAAGUAAGAGAAGUGCCACCAAGAUUAUUCCAUGGAAAUCCAAAACUGACACAUAUUUAUAUGAAAAAUAAUGCAUUAGAAACACUAGAAGCGGCACACUUUCCUAUUGAUAGACUGCAAGAAUUGGAAAUAUCUGGUAAUCCAUUCGUAUGCAAUUGUUCAUUACUGUGGCUUUGGAAAUUGGGAAGAGAAUGUGAAAUGAAUAUAAAGAGAUCUGAUAACGCAAGUAACAUACUAAAGAUAGACUACGAAGAAGUAAAAUGUGCUGCACCGGACCAUUUAAAAGACGUUUUAUUAGUUCCAAUUCCUGAAUCGGAAUUCGGAUGUUCGAAUGGUUGGGUCAUAGUAGCAGUCGUUGUUAUGACUGUAAGUAUUAUAAUCAGUCUUGUUGGCGGUGUAUUAUAUUUUAUGGGACCUUUAAAGAAAUGUAAAGGUGAUAAAUCUAAACAGGUUAUGACAAGUGUAAUGUUAAAUAGCGAUGUAUCGAAAUUGGGCAACGGAUUAGGUUAUUCGACAAGAAGUAGAGAACAAGAGAAUAAGAGAGAAGUCGAUCGAUAUUUGAUGAUAGGGUCUUCCGUAACGAAUAAUUUCCAUUCGUUGAAUCCUCCCUGGCACAGUGUUGAUAAAAAUCCUUAUUACCAGGAAGAUAGUGAGGAACAUAUUUACCAACAAUUUGCUUAUGAAACUAUACCUCACCACCGAACUCCGGAGAAGCCCCACAUAGUGUACGUUUAACAAAGGUUUUAAAACAAAAGACAAUUGCAACGAUAUAUUUGGCUUCGUUCUUUGAUAGUUAUCUAGAGACGGACGUAAUAAUGCAAUAAUGUAUAUAGUGAUACGAUUAAAUUUGUAAUAUGUGAUAGCUUUGUAUAUAGAUUUGUACAUAAUUUUUGCAGAUAAAGACAUUACAUUUAUGCAUAAAUUUUACUUUUAACCUAUGUAUAAAUUUCAUCUUGUUGUAGUUGUUAAUUGUAUUUAUACUUUUAUCUUGUAAUAUUGAAGGUCCAUUAUUAAUUAUAUGUUUUGUUGUUCGUAGACAUUGUACAACGCUGCGAAUGAUAGCUUCACUAUAGACGAUCCUAAACCUUUGCAAUGUAAAUUGUGUAGAUUGGUUUUCAUAUUGUUUAUUUUAUAGUUCCUCAAAUAGUAUGGGUAAUCCGAUAUUGUAAAUUACUUAUAAACCUUUAAAAAUAAUUUAAUGUUACAAAAUAAUACUCAUGUAAUUACAUAAUAGUUAAAUAUUAUAUAAUUUUUAAAUAUAACACCAAUAAAUGACGAAAACAUUGUACAAAUAUGAGCAAUAUAGAUACUAAAUUGAAAUAUUUUAGUUUUAUUUGAUGCGUUGUUAUAGAAGGUAAAGGUAUUUAGAAUGAACCUGAUGACACUAAGGUCCUUCGUAUACAAAACAAUGUAAAUCUUCUAAACCCGGUAAUUAAAGUCGCUAAGACUGACAGAUAACAAUGACUUAAAGAUCCCAUCCAAGCUCGCAUCGCUGACAUUAUGUUCUUGACUUGACAUUGACUCACCAAAGCCAGUUGCUGGCAAUCUGUUGAGAUCAUCGCGAAAAAGUCGCCAUGAUUUUCAAGAUGGCUGACCGAAUCUGUACAGCAGCAUGCUUGUACAGAAUAGACAACUCGUUGUCUAUACGAAGUUGAGUGUACGGAGCUCGCCCAUCAAAAUACUCGCUACGCAAGGAUGUUAGUUUCAAAGAUUUACGUUGUCUUAUGUACGAUGGGGCUAAAACAUGCGUACGUACAAUACGUGCUAUUCGAUUAGAACGGUAGACAGUACAUAGCACUGUAUAUGUAUACAUAAAAGGUUUAUAUGUUAUCCAGCUGCUCUGAUGAGAAGGGGUACAAAUGAGAUGAUAUAUUAUUUAUCAGCUAUUUUUAUAAAUUGAUUUCAUUGCGAUCGUUUUGUGGUGUUACGUUGAGAUGAUAUUCUGAAAUUAAUAUUUUUAUACUUAGUGAAUAUGUACAAUAUGACAAUUUUGUGAUUAUAAAGUUACUGGGUUGAGUGUCAUUAAGAAUACGAACGUAAACUAAACAGUUUAGUUAAAUAGUAACCUUUGUACUUAUUAAAAGAAUAAAACAAUCAUUAAAUUUAUGUUUACUAUAUAAACUUUGCCCAGUUACUUUCAAACAAUUAAUCUAGCUGAAUGAAUUUAACCUUGCAAUAUGCUAAUUUUAUAUUGUAUUACAUAGAUUUCUUAAACAUAUAUACUUAUGUAUUACAUAGCCAACCGCAUUUAAACAUAUUAAGUCGAUAAUACCUACAGGCAUAAUGUAAUGUAAGAAUAUUUAUACAUACUACUUUAAAACUUUUGUUAUGAAACUUAUUUAAAUAUAUAAUACAUUAAA